GCUUCCGUGUCACCAUUACCGGAGCUCCCGGUUCACCUCCCGCUGAGCUGUGCCCAUCUGAGCCAGGGAUAAUGGAGCUGAGCACAGUGGUGGCUGCGCUGGAGAGUGGGGAGCAGGACUCCGUGCUCAAGGUGCUGCAGGUCUACAACCAGGAGAAAUGUCAGUGCUUCACCUUUGAUGAUGAGGAGCGGGAAGAGAGGAAGAAAAUGGCCCAGCUGCUGAUCAGGUUCCUGGAGAGGGAGCUGCAGCCGUCCUGCCAGCUCACCUGCCUGGAGAGCAUCCGCAUCCUGUCCCGCGACAAGCACUGCCUGGAGCCGCUCAGCACCGAGGCCGCGCUGCGGACCCUGUCCCGGCACGCGGGCAUCACAUACACCGAGGAGCUCAUCCGGGAGGUCCCCGACCUGGACGUGAUCCUGGAGUCCCUCAAGUGCCUGUGUAACAUGGUGUUCAGCAGCCCGCGGGCGCAGGAGCGGGCGGCUGCGGCGCGCCUGGGGCCGGCGCUGGUCCGGAGCAUCACCGAGAGGAGCCUGCCCCACAGCGUGAGGUUCUUCGAGCUGCGGCUGCUGUUCCUGCUGACGGCUCUGCGGGUGGAUGCGCGGCUGCAGCUGAUGCGGGAGCUGCGCGGGGUCAGCCUCAUGGCAGACACCCUGGAGAUCACCCUCGGCGUCAAGUGGAGGGACCCCUAUGAGGUUGCCACCCAGGAGGGGCCUCUGCCCCCUCUGCCUCGGCAGGAGACGGAGCGGGCGAUGGAGAUCCUCAAGGUGCUCUUCAACAUCACCUUCGACUCCAGCAAGAAGGAGGUGGAUGAGGAGGAUGCUGCUUUGUACAGGCACCUGGGGGCCCUCCUGCGUCACUGCCUCAUGAUCUCUGCUGAUGGAGAGGACAGGACAGAGGAGUUCCACAGCCACACCAUUAACCUGCUGGGCAACCUGCCCCUCAAGUGUCUGGAUGUGCUCCUCGCCCCCAAAGUGCGGCCUGGCUCCCUGGAGUACAUGGGUGUCAACAUGGAUGCAGUCAGCAUCCUGCUGGACUUCCUGGAGCGCCGCCUGGACCGGGGACACAAGCUCAAGGAGAGCCUGACCCCGGUGCUGAACCUGCUGACCGAGAGCGCCCGUGUCCAUCGCCAGACCAGGAAGUUCCUGAAGGCAAAGGUGCUGCCCCCGCUGCGGGACGUGCGGAACCGGCCGGAGGUGGGGAAUGCGCUGCGGAACAAACUGGUGCGGCUCAUGACCCACAUUGACACGGACGUGAAGCACUGUGCUGCUGAGUUCCUCUUUGUGCUCUGCAAGGAGAGCGUGUCCCGGUUUGUGAAGUACACUGGCUAUGGGAAUGCCGCUGGGCUGCUGGCAGCUCGAGGCCUCAUGGCCGGGGGCCGGGAAGAGGGAGAGUACUCAGAAGAUGAGGACACAGACACAGAGGAGUACAAAGAGGCAAAGCCCAACAUUAACCCUGUGACUGGCCGGGUGGAGGAGAAGCUGCCCAACCCCAUGGAGGGGAUGACGGAGGAGCAGAAGGAGUAUGAGGCCAUGAAGUUAGUGAACAUGUUCGACAAACUGUCCAGAGAGCAGGUGAUCCAGCCCAUGGGCAUCACACCGGGCGGCAGCCUGGCACCCAUGCACAGAGCCCUGCACGACGCCGCUGAGGACAGGUCCUCAUCUGACUCGGACCUGGGGCUGGAUUGAACUGGGAGCCCCCCCAGUGCUCCAGGAUUGAACUGGGAGCCCCCCCAGUGCUCCAGGACUGAGCUGGGAGCCCCCCCAGUGCUCCAGGACUGAACUGGGAGCCCCCCCAGUG